AUGGGGCUUCUGCGUGUUGUUUUCAGUUUUCCCAGAGUAACUGAAGCCUUAAAACGAGCUUAUCUCACUCGUUCAGUAAUUGGUGGCUAUACCGAGUUAGUGGAUGUGGUCCUGGAGAGCGGGGUAUAUACGGAAUGGGUAGGCGGCGCGCUGGUUGAGGCUGCUCACGUCGGUCAAGACAACGUCGUUGAGUACAUACUUGCAACCGGGGUGAGAAACAUCAAUCCCGCACAUAUCCACAGGGCGCUGUGGCAUGCUUCGGAGUCUGGACAUUUGGGGGUUCUUGAUCAAAUAUUGAGAACAGGGAUUGAUCUAACAAGUGAAGUUUUUCAUGAAUAUUCCCCGCUACAGCCUGCCUCGGAAGUUAUCCACCGCCAGAUUGUCUGGAAGCUCUUCGAGGCUGAAGUUGACCUAGAGGUUGGAAUCGGCGGCAGGUCCCCACUCGUUGUUGCGGCCGGAAUUGGUCACGCAGGGAUUGUCAAGUGGCUACUAAUCGGAGUCGAUCUCAACCGACCAGAUAUUGUCCAGCAAGCGCUACUCGCCGCCUCUUCGGGAAAUCAUAGCGACACUAUUUGCGUGCUCCUCGACGCCGGGGCCUACGUGCACGCUAUAACCGACAACAGGACACCCCUCAUGGCCGCCUCAACGGAGGGAUGUCUCCACGCCGUCGAGACACUUUUAUGGAGGGGCGCAAACGUCAAUUUGGUGGCCGGCGGCCGAACCGCACUUGAGGAAGCUUUAAGCAACGGUCACGCAGAUGUCGCUGAUCGGCUGGUGAGAGCUGGCGCACACGAGUCCUUGUCGUCUUAG